CCAGGAGAGUGUUCAGUCCAGAUAGAUACAGCAGAUUUGAAGCAAGCCUCUCCAUUGCUUUCCUUGGGUAUUAAACCCCUGUGAUUUUCGGCAACGUCGGAGAAUUAAACUCGCUCUUGCAUCAUGGGAACAGUAUGUUUGCAGUGCGGCGAUGUAGGAUUUGACAAUGCCUUGGUGUACUGUGUCCGAUGUCUGAAAUAUGCUGUGCAUCGCUAUUGUAUGGAGACAGUUACAUUUGACGAAUAUGUUCAUUGGUUGUGCGAUGACUGUGUUGAAUUAUUCCCGAAACCAUUGAAAGUCAUAGACGUGGACGAGCCCGUCCAUGAGGACAGCACAGAGGAAUCAUCUGAUACUUCUGAUGAAAGUGAAGGAUGUCCAAUGGAUGAGGACUUAUCAGAUGACAUUCGUUUAAGUGAAUUUUUGAAGAAAUGCAAGCCUGCUGUACAGAAACAAGUGCCUCCCCCAAAGGAGAAUCCGAAGAAGAAGAGGAAGAUGUGUUCACUUGAUGAAAGAUCACCUAAGAAAGCUCAAGACGAAUGCACAAGAUUAGAUUCCGGCCGGCAUGCUACUCCUGCAAGUGAUUCAAAAGUAACAAGUGUGUGGAAGUCCAAGAAGGGCGAUGAAGCGAAGGGAGAAAAACAUGCCUCUGUAGAACUGGUUGAUUUGGACCCUCAUCCAGAGAAGACAGAUGAUCCUACUCUAUCAUCUAGAAUCAACUCUGCACAGCCUCUUCCAGUGCUCAAGCCAGAAGAUCAAUCCCCUAGCAGAAGCAUGGAAGACAAGAAUGUUUCUCCAACUGGAUUGGGUCAAGGGAUUGCUGAGGAUCAAGCCUCAGAGGGUAUGGAAAGACUCAAUCUUCUUCAGGUGAAAGAGUCAGAACCUGAAAAGGGAAAGAAAUCUGAAAAAGGCACACCUGAUCCAGCUGCUGGAGCCGUUGGGCUGCCAAUUUGGAGGGGCAGCUUUACCAGAAAACAAAGAAUUCUUGAGGGGCUUGUAGGUCACAUGUCCACCAAAGCAAGCAGCAAAGUAAUUGAGGCUGCAUCUCAGUUUCCACCAAUUCUAAAUGUGAAAAAGUAUCCAAAAUCUGAAAUCUGGCCAAAAGAUUUUGAGGCAGCGGUGUCUACUCCUGAUAUCGUCGAACUCUAUUUUUUCCCAACUGAGAUAAGUGAAUCCGCGUUUGAAAACUUGGUGGAUAAGAUGGUGGAUGAAGACCUUGCUAUGAAAGCCUCUACGCCGGAUGGGGAGCUUCUGAUCUUCACUUCAAUAGAGCUGGCAUUGAGAUACUGGAGAUUGAAUGGAAAGCAUUACCUUUGGGGAGUUGUGAGGGAAAAGCAGAGCUCUUGAUUAGUUCAUCUUAAGUUAUUGCUGAAAUCAUUCUUGCAAAUCGAAUAGAGCUGUGUGGUCAUCGUCUUGAACAAGAAAGGUGAUUGAAUUAACUUACUAACAUUGGUUUGUACUAUGGUGGGAAGGAUUGAUGCAGGCUAUGGUCUUAAUUCCAUUGCCAUUUGGAAGAAUAGAAUCUCUCUGUGUAUGGUGUGUGUUGUGUUGCUGUCUGUCUGUAUUGGAUGGCUGGGAAGUAUCUUCCACCAUUGUUGACUGUUGUUUUAGUUGUU